AUUCCAAGCCUCUGAUCUAAUCUGAGCAGCUCACUGCCCCCUCUCCUCCCAGCCUUCCAUGAGCUCAGCUAUGCAGGAGACUAAACCAAAAUGCGAGCUGGUCCCCGAUCACCCCGUUGCUUCGCAGUUUGUCCGGGAUCUGAAGUACACCCUGGAUCAGGAUGACUCAGAAGGAGUGAGUUUCCUUCUCCAGCAGCGGGCUCACAGUGCCAACGCCAUCAUCGAGCUUUCCAACGAUGACUGGAUGAAAGAACCGUCUGCACAGCUGGACCCUCUCGGCUUUAUUUUAGGAGAUCUGCCGCUGCUGAAGUCUAUGGUUAGCGACUACCACGAAGACGUCAACCUGCUGUUCGACAUCUGCCACGAUGAGAUGGAGUGGCAGGCAAAACCCCUGGCGAUCGGCAUCUCAGGUCUCUGGUCCCUGGAGUACAAGCGUGAGCUGACCAGCCCCCUGUGCAUUGCAGCGAGCCGUGGCUACACCAGCUGCCUCCAGUAUCUGCUCCAGCGCGGAGCGAAGCCCAACCUGAUUCCCGGAAACAGGAGCCCCCUACACCUGGCCUGCGCCAACGCCUACUCUGACUGCGUGGAGCUGCUGCUCCAGUACGGAGCAAACCCAAGGCUGCAGACGGAGGAUGGAAUGGCCCCCCUGCACCUCUGCGACACUCCUCAGUCCUUUUGUUCUAUCAUUCCAGGAACCCAUCUGCCCACAAGGUGUGCAAAGUUGCUCCUAAAGUAUCGUGCAGAUGUCAACCAGUUGACCGAGGAGGAUCAGGAGACCCCUUUGCAUGUAGUGGCCAGGCAGGGUCUUCAUACUCAUGCCCACCUCUACCUCAGAUACGGGGCCUCUGUGGAUGUCCUGAAUGUCCACCAGGUGUCACCGCUGAGCUGCGCCUGUGCCAGUGCAGCGGACCUGGCAAAGCAGAAAGACUAUCUCCAAGUGUGCAAGCUCCUGAUCGCGUACAGCGCCAACGUGAACUCUGUCGAUUCGGAGAAGCGGAGCCCACUGCACAAGGCUUCCAGAAAUGCCAGCGUCCAGCUGGUCCAACUGCUGCUGAAGCACGGAGCAGACAUCAACGCCAUUGACUACAACGGUUGCUCUCCCUUGGCCAAUGCCAUACAGGCUGCACCUUUCAAGAAAGAGCUUGAACCCCAGUGCACAGUACAAACUUUACUCAAUCAUGGAUCUCACAGGGUGUGGCCAGGAGCCUUUCUGAAGGUGCUGAAAAGUUGUGCGGAUUCUCCCAAAACUGUCGAAGUCUUGUUUAACUCCUACCAACAAAUUCAGGUCACAGAAGAGUGGAUGGAAGCUGUCCCAGAGGAAAUAUUUCAGAUGCACCGGCCAUUCUAUGAGUCCCUCUUUGCCUUAGCCUCUGGCCCCCGCUCCUUGCAACACCUGUGCCGAUUCGCUGCCAGGAAGCUGUUUGGAAAGCAGUGCUCCACCCUCAUUCCCCAGCUACCAAUCCCAAAGCGCUUACAUGGAUAUCUUCUCCUGGAGCCAGAGGACCUGGUGUAUUAACUCCUUUGGAUCUCAGUCUAUCAUCUUCUGCUUCACUGCAACGCAAGCACUGCAAGAAGUUCAAAAGCCAAAGGAAGUCUGUGUCACUGGCUACUUGGCUUGGGGCCUAUACUCUCUGGACAAUAGACAAUAGACAGUAGGUGCAGGAGUAGGCCAUUUGGCCCUUCUAGCCAGCAGCGCCAUUCACUGUGAUCAUGGCUGAUCAUACACAAUCAGUACCCUGUUCCUGCCCUCUCCCCAUAUCCCUUGACCCCGCUAUCUAUAAGAGCUCUAUCUAACUCUCUCUUGAAAGCAUCCAGAGACUUGGCCUCCACUACCUUCUGGGGCAGAGCAUUCCACAUAUCCACCACUAUCUGGGUGAAAAAGUUUUUCCGCAUCUCUGUUCUAAAUGGCCUACCCCUUAUUCUUAAACUGUGGCCUCUAGUUCUGGACUCACCCAUCAGUGGGAACAUGCUUCCUGCCUCCAAUGUGUCCAAUCCCUUAAUAAUCUUAUAUGUUUCAAUCAGAUCCCCUCUCAUCCUAAAUUCCAGUGUAUACAAGCCCAGUCGCUCCAACCUUUCAAAAUAUGACAGUCCCGCCAUUCCGGGAAUUAACCUUGUGAACCUACGCUGCACUCCCUCAAUAGCAAGAACGUGUUUCCUCAAAUUUGGAGACCAAAACUGCACACAAUACUCCAGGUGGGGUCUCACCAGGGCCCUGUACAUCUGCAGAAGGACCUCUUUACUCCUAUACUCAAUUCCUCUUCUUAUAAAAGCCAGCAUGCCAUUAGCUUUCUUCACUACCUGCUGUCCCUGCAUGCUUGUUUUCAUUGACUGAUGUACAAGAACACCUAAAUCUUGUUGUACUUCCCCUUUUCCUAACUUGACUCCAUUUAGAUAGUAAUCUGCCUUCCUGUUCUUGCCACCAAAGUGGAUAACCUCACAUUUAUCCAUGUUAAACUGCAUCUGCCAUACAUUUGCCCACUCACCCAACCUGUCCAAGUCACCCUGCAUUCUCAUAACAUCCUCCUGACAUUUCACACUGCCACCCAGCUUUGUGUCAUCAGCAAAUUUGCUAAUGUUACUUUUAAUCCCUUCAUCUAAAUCAUUAAUGUAUUUUGUAAACAGCUGCGGUCCCAGCACCGAACCUUGCGGUACCCCACUGGUCAGAGCCUGCCAUUCUGAAAGGGACCCGUUAAUCUUUGUUUCCUGUCAGCCAGCCAAUUUUCAAUCCAUGUCAGUACUCUGCCCCCAAUACCAUGUGCCCUAAUUUUGCCCACUAAUCUCCUAUGUGGGACUUUAUCGAAAGCUUUCUGGAAGUCCAGGUACACUACAUCCACUGGCUCUCCCUUGUCCAUUUUCAUAGUUUUGAGGGAAUCUCUCUGAUGAAAUGUAGAUGUUUAUAAUGAUUAAAGGAGUUAGGGGUGUUGAUCGAAAUAAUCCAUUUCUUCUGGUGGGUGAGUUGAAAAUGUUGAAAGUAAGCUUCGGGACAAACGUGGUUGGCUGAGGAAUCUCCUGCACUGAUGAGAGAACUUGAGGUUUGUUGGGAAGGGGAAUCUUUGUGCCACUUUAACAAACAUGAAGUUAAACAACAGUAAUAUCGGGAGGUAGGCUGCAGUGUGAGUAAAGUGUACACUGUACGUGCAUAUAUAUGUGAAUUGCACAUGAUUAGUCAAAGCAUCAACAUCCAAAGUAAUUUCCCAACAUCUUUUCCAAGGUAACCUUCCAAUGGUGGGUUUGCAUAUCUGAACAACAUGCUGAGGUAUGGUUACAAACACCACAAGCUAUCUAAUGUAUGUUUUGCCUUAGAAGAAAAAUCCUAUCCUAUUUCUCUCCAUAGAUGCUGCCUGAACCGUUGAGUUCCUCCAGCAUUUUGUGUGUGUGUUUCUCUGAAUUUACAACAUCUGCAGAAUCCCUUGUGUUUAAGAAGAAUUCUAGUUUGUUUCCUUGUUUCUGCCCUCUGCUGGCCCGCUUCCUUGUUGCCCUGAUGUGAGAUUCCUAAUGGGGUCAGCUCCUCUGGUCAGAUGGUCUCGUUGCAGAGUGCCGUGUGUCCUGAAGGGGGCGAUGGUGCUACAAGAUUGACAAUGAAAGCCGGCUGGCCAUUGGUCACGACUCUUGAAGGACAGCACCAUCGUGAGUGGGGAUAACCCCACUAGCGCCCAAGUUGUCCACAGCAUUAAAAAGGAUACUUGCUACCUUAUUUCAGGAACUGGAGAGAUAUUUCAUUCUUGUCACGUUGCAGUGACCUGUCCGGAUCCCUUGGAAUAAGGCAGAAUUUCCCUGAACAGCGGACUUCGGGCACGACUUGGUAACAGAUGGCAACGGAAGUGAUUCCAGUUAGAUGUAGAUAUUGAAGGGAUUAAAUGGUGGCGUACGUCUCACAAUGACGGAUUUCCAAUGCAAUUCCCUCUCUCUGAAAUUCAGACAUUAUUGACAGCACAAUACGAUACAGAAACGGCAGCGGUUACAAUAAACCGGCUGAGUCGAUCCUCGGUUUGCAUGUUUCAAGGAAAUUUGGCUCGCAUAAUACUCGGGGUGAACGAGUCGAGAAACGAACGUCACUCUUCUCGACAGUAUCAAUUCCGCUUUAAGACCCGUGGGAAGUGUCCAACUUCCACCGGCUCCCCUUCCACGUUCGGAGUGACACUCGCCUCCCCUGGUCGCGGAGGGCAUGUCUCGAGAAGACACCCUCCUCGCAUUUGUUGUGCCAACAGUUUUACGUUUUGCCCUUAAUGUUUUCCCCGAUUACAAGCAGAUUCUUCCGGUAAAGAGCUUAUGCACAUAUUCUCCAAAAAAAAAACAUCAAAACACGAGACAUUAACAAGACAAUGUGUUUAAUUGGUACAGGGGUUUGCUAAUGACACGGAUCGACGGACAGUUUUAUAUAUUUUUUUUAAAAUCUAUUUUGUCAUCACAACCUCGUCUUUCUAAUAACAUUUAACAUACCAAACAAGAGGCAAAACACUUUGUCAAUUUAAAAUGCAUUAGCAUUAAUGUAACAUUUUCGUAUUACACAGAAUGCAGCAAAUUACAAAUAUUUUGAGAGAAAUUUUGAUGAGAAAAAAACAUAUUCUCCUUGA